CUUGCCUGGAUUAAGUGAUAAAUGUAAGAAAAUAAGUUAUUAAUUUGAUUAUUUAAAUAAAAAUAAGAUCACGGCUUUUGGUGAUUACUGCACACUGCAGUCUCCAAAACUUGAUCCAGGGCUGUUUUAGCCAUUUUAACACACUGGCCCCGUCCUGAUUGUGUUUUUCUGCCGACCGACGUUGGACUGACUCUUCGUUUCUGUUUAUCGGCCCUCAGCGAUGGAAAUUCUUCAGCAGACUCUUCAGUCGUGGGUCGGCCUCCUGCAGAAACAGUGAUGCUGCAGUUCUAGAUGGUUGAGAUAAGACAGACUCGCACCUCCGACUCUCUGACACGCUCAGCAUGGGACCCUGGCUGCUGCUCCUCUGUUGUGCUUGUACUUUGAAAACAUCUCUCUCGUCUGUGCUGACUCAGACUCCUGGGACUGUGCGGGUCUCUGUUGGAGAACCGUUUACAUUGCAGUGCAUACACGAGAUGCAGGUUCAGUAUUGCUAUUCAACAACAACCUGGCAUAAAGUCAAUAAAAGAACUGGACAACUGGCAGAGAUCAGACCUGAACUCGACAUGCAACAAACUAAUACUAAAGUUUGUACUCUGACCAUCUCUAAAGCCACCCUGCAGGACUCGGGCAUGUACCACUGCACGGGUUUAUACAAUAAAAUAGUUCUGGUUGGAAAUGGCACCAGAGUCAUCGUCACCGAUCCUGAUCCACCAAGUCCGUCCAUCAUCAUGUAUUCUCCUCUGGACGUGUUCGGCCCCACCGUUCCCCUGCAGUGUUUGGUGAUAGGAGCUGUUCCCUCUCAGGUCCAGGUCGUCUGGAUCAUUGACCACAGUGAGCGCUCAGGAUGGACGGAAUCGAGCUGGAUAGAAAACAGUGACUCGGCUCUGGAACACACUCGAGCUCACAUCACGCUUUCUGAGGAGGAGUGGACAGAAGCAGCUCAGAUUGAGUGCCUCGCCAUGUUUGAUGGCAUAAAUGUCUCCAGAACUCUGGUACCUGGAGGUAAUAAUGCAGGCAUGUGCUCCUGGCUGCUGUACCUGGGCUUCGGGGCUGUGUUCCUCACCAUCGCCGUCACCAUCACUGUCGCUGUUUGUUUACGCAGAGAGAAGCGGAAAGACGCUGCACCUAAAGGGUACUGUGGCAGGAAUACUCACAGCAAACAACCGAAACAUGGUAAACGAGACACACUUAGGCCAGCUACAGAGAGACCACCCAGGACAGAAGUGGAGUACUCCUGUUUGAACCCCGACAGCUUAAACAAGCAUCUAAAUGCAGUUCAGACAGAAUUACAGUAGAAAACUGUAGGUUGUUUCUUGAUAUACGCAGUAAACACAGAGACAGUGACAAUCAAGUUCUUAUGUAGCAAAACUGGGAUGCAUCUUGUAAAGUGAAACUACAUUUAAUCUGAUCAAUGUAUAAUAUUUCUCAUGAUGAGAUUCAUCCAUCCAUCCAUCCAUCAUCUAAACCGCUUAUCCUUCUG